AUGGGCUAUUGGAUGCCGUACCAUGCAGCCAAAGCCAUAGCAGCGACAUUCUGCUACGACAUUCGAUGGGCACUCACCCCGGUAUUCGGCAACGACUUUCCUUCCGAGUGUCUGCAUCCGAAGGACCCAUGCUUUGCGAAGUUCCUCAUUGAUCCGACCAUUGUGCAGUUCUGCGCGCAAGAGACGGUUCGUUUCGCGAAGCUUGGUCCUGCGUAUGCUGUUCCCAAGCCCGACGCAUCGUCGCUGAUCGAGACACCGAAGAUGCACUGCGAGCCGCCCUUGCGCAAGGAGGACCUGGUCAUGCAACGGCGCGCGCGACCGACCGAUAUCGAGAGCGGGUAUGGGACAGACACUAGUCGGCAUGGCAAGUAUCUCUGCUCGCCUGAAGUGUCUCCUCGCACUCAGUUCACGCCCAUCAACCGCUCGCAGUCUCCAUGGUCGCCACGCACAAUCGGCUCUUCCCUCUUGGGCUCGCCAAUCAGCUUUCAGGCGCCUCCGGGUUUACUCACGCCAACGUCGGCUCCAUACGAGUACCACGUUGAAGGCUUUCGAGCGAAACGGACACAUUCGAAAGUCUCUUAUGACGACCGCGUCACUCGUCCCGAUACAGCUACCACGGUGGACAGCGCGCACGGUUCAGAGGUGUCCGGUGGCGACGACGACCAUAAUCGCGAUGAUGUCAGGGCGGCGGAGAUGUUGUUGUCGCUCUGCACUGGAGACAAGACGAUGCCACCGACGAAGCGGACGCGUUGUGGUUCGAGGUUCUAG